UCGGGCUAUGUAGGAACUUUUUUUUGUCACACUUGAAUUUUAUAUUUUCCUUUUUAUUUAAUCAAUCCUCACAACAAAUAUAAAGUCGAUCUCCAAAAAGGUGCAUGACUUAAAAGAAAACUAAUAUAAAUGUGUCUAAAAGUUGUGUUUUUUAAUGUUUAAAUGUGAAAAAGAAAUUGUGGAUAACUUAAGAGUUAAAAAUAUUAAAUGUGGAAAUAAUAGUUUUCCUUUUAUUUAAUUGCUGUGUUUAGUUUAAAAGUGUAAAUAGCAAACAUCUAGCAUUGACGCAUUCAAUCUGAAUUGAAGGUACAAAGAAAAACAUGAAUCCACAAAAUUAUCUAAUAACUUCGUCGCUUCAGAAUAAAAUAAGAGAAUGGGAACAUUCAAUAAAUUGUUACAACGGCCAAGAUCCAUUAGAUCUCUGGUUUCAAUACAUAUGCUGGCUGGAAUCUAACUUAAUUACGAAUCCUUCACUGGAAGCUAAAUUUCGUAAAGCUGUCGAACAAUGCUUAUCGUCAUAUGAUCAAUACAACAUUUAUAAGCAAGAUUUAAGAAUGGUUAAACUAUGGAUUAAAUACAUUGAUUUUCAACCUAAUCCUUUGAAUUUAUAUAAAAUAUUAUAUCAACAAGGAAUCGGCACAUCCUGUGCAGCCUUUUAUAUUGGAUGGGCCCAUUAUUAUAAUUCCGAGAAUCUACUGAAACAGGCUGAAUCAAUAUUCAAUCUUGGAGUUCAGCUUAAGGCUCAACCAAUUGUGGAACUCGAAAAUGCUCAAAAACAUUUUCGUUAUUCAGUAGCGCAACGAACGCUGUAUAAUGAUGAAAGCUCUAAAAAAAGAACAAUUUCUUCAUUAGCAGAGCAAAGACAAAAAAUUACUUCUUUAUCACCUCAUCAGCUUCAAGUUACUCAACCUUCGAAAAAAGUCAAACUAAGUUCAGAACAAUACAGCCUACAACAACCGGCUGCAAAUUCAGUUUUUGAUAGUGGAUUUCAAACUCCUCGAUAUUUCUUUAACUUCGCCAAGAACUCUCAUGAACCUUGGCGUGCACAGUUGUAUCUGGAAGAAUCUUAUGAUCCUAACCAACGCUGUUUUUAUCCUAAGCAUCUAGUUUAUGCAGGUGACGGAGAAGAAUACAGCUUAGAAGAACUUAAAGCACUUAAAUGGUAUUCCAAAGCAGAAAGCAGAAAUAAAAAUGGGAAUCGACAGGAACAGGAAAGACGACAAGACUUUGAAACUAAAACAUUUAUGGAAGAGCAAGAGAAAAUAAGAAAGAAACAAGAGGAAGAUCAAUCACAGAUUGACCAAUUAAGUUUUCGGAAAGGACAAGAAGAAGUUCAACGAGAAACUUAUCAACAUCCACAACUACCUUACCAACAACAAUCAAGUCAAAUGUGGAAUAACAGCGAUCAAAAUGCUUUGAAUUAUAUGACAUAUUAUCAACAGAAUUAUGAUAAUUCUAAUAACCAUCGAUAUCAGACUCAUUAUCAACAAACUUAUCAAAAUAUUUCUCCAAAUUUUCAUAACUCAUCAGACUACAAUAUUCCACCAGAUUUUCACCACCAACAAUUGGUUACGAAUGAAUGCGAAACUCAACAAUUAACACAAUCCCAAAAUGCAAAUCCUUAUUAUUUACAAGCUGUUGUCCCUUCACACUCUCAGCGUUAUCCUGAUAACAAUAAUUUCAAUAAUUCUUAUCAAACAUAUCAUCAAGCGGCAAUUGAAAGUUAUCCUCAGAAUCCUAUUGGUCAUAUUUCAUCUCCAACUAAUGUGCUACCUACAAAUACCAACGAAGUUUUAGGCAUGCAGUCAAGAUUACCAGACUACCAAGAUGUUGAAUAUUUGAUUGAUCAUCAAGCUGAGAUUGAUCCUGAAAUGCUACAACAACCAAUAAUCGAACAAACUGAAGAACUUAAUGAUAACAAAGAAGAUUCUAGCAGCGAAGAUUCUGAUGAAGAGCCCUAUAAUGGACCAGCUCCAUUAGUUAACUCAUAUAUGCUUAAUGACCUCGAGGAACAAAUAGAAGCCAGUACAAUUAGCUUCUCAUCUAAUGGAAAGUCUCGUGAUAAAAAGAUUACCAUAAAAUUUCGUAAAGAGAAGACUUCAACAAUUUUAAGUUCAGAAUCCAAUUCCGAGUCGUCAUUAUUUCAUCGAAAUUAUUCUGCAACCCCUUCAAACAAAAGUUCUUCAGAUCCGGUGGUAAUUUCUUCGUCAUCAACCGAAAGUACUAAGUCAAAGAAACAAAUCUUUCAAACAGAAAUUUUAAACACAUUCGAAGGUGACAACACACAGUUUAUGCCAAGUGCAACCAACAGUUGUUCAUCUACGGCAAAUAGUGAUGGAAAUGCUUCAUUUGGAAAUAUUUCAUUUAAUGGAUGUGUUUCAACUGGAAAAAAACCGUCAAAUAAAAUUUCAUCAUCCGUCAAUAGUUAUAAAUUUCUGAAGAAAAAAGAAUCGCUUUUAUCAGUUCAGAAUGACGACAGCAUUUGCUCUUCUUCAUAUGGAGAUCAGAAUUCAUUCUUCCAAGCUGAAAAUGACGAAGAAUUCAAAGGGAAAAGAAUAGUCAAAGCUCUAACAUUGAUUGAUGACCAUUUGAAUAAAUCUGAUAUCGAUCCAUUUAACUCGGAACUUUGUAAAGCUUUUCUUGUUAAAUUGAACUUUCCGAAUCGAGAAAACGUAUCGGAUUACAAAAUCUCAAACACAAACUUACCAAAAUUGAGUAAAAAUCACGUUGUUCCAUUGGGUGGUGUUAACUAUCAGAUAGAGAAAGAGGUGGGACGGGGAUCUUAUGGUGCUGUUUACCGCGGUGUCAAUACAUGCAACGGAUCUGUUGUAGCACUGAAAUACCAAAAACCACCGAACUCGUGGGAGUUGUACAUUUGUAUGGAAGUCAAGAAAAGAUUGGAAAACAUUGAAAUUUUACCUGGAUUCAUGUCUAUCUCAGCAGCUCUUAUAGCGCCUAAUGCAAGUAUUCUUAUUUCGGAAUUUUCUCACUAUGGAUCAUUGCUGGAUGUAAAUAAUAGAAUUCGUCAAGCGACAACAAAAGUCAUGCAUGAGAGUCUAGUGAUGCAUUUCUCAAGCCAAAUCUUAAACAUUGUUUCACAUUUGCAUUCGUGUAGUAUAAUUCAUGCUGAUAUAAAACCUGACAAUUUUUUGCUUAUGUCAUUACCAUCACCUGAAACUUAUGUACCAAGCUUGAGAUUAAUUGAUUUUGGAUGCGCAAUUGAUAUGAAGUUAUUUCCAAAAAAUACAGAAUUUAAGAAGAUGAUUCAAACAGAUGGUUUUACUUGCACUGAAAUGCUUGAAGGCCGACCUUGGUCCUAUCAAACAGAUUUAUUUUGUGUCGCAGGAACCAUACAUGUCAUGUUAUUUGGAGAAUAUAUGCAAGUGAAUAAGAAGUUUGGCGUUUGGGAAAUUAAACAAAAGUUUCCAAGAUAUCUGAAUAAAAGAAUUUGGAGUGAUAUAUUCUCAGAACUACUGAAUAUAAAGGAUAAUCAACAUCUACCUGAUCUAAGACGAAUGAGAAAUAGGAUUAAUAGUGAAACAAAUGAUAAUGAACUAAUCAGACAAAUUCGUAGUUGCUCGAACUUAAUUCGCAAAAGAUAAUUUUUUGAUAUGAAUAUUGAGAGGGGAAAAUAAAAAUAUGAAAGACUGAAGAGUUAAUAUAAAAGA